GCAUGCGCCUCUCACUUCGUCGGUGGGGGCGGGGCUGGAGCGGCUGAGGGCGGCUGGUCUCCGGGUUCAGCCAUGUCGACGGUUUCCAAGGCGGUUUUAGGGCUCUCGGCUGUCGUGACCCUUGGGAUCAUCGUUGGCGUCCACGUCCAGGAGAAAAUUAUCAAACGGAAACUACAUCAAGGGGUAAUCAGAGACCUCGAGAGGCAGAUGCAUAAGGAAAAAACUAAAGAGGAAAACAUUGGCUUUACUCAGCAACCAGAAAUGAAGAAAAGCGAAGCGCUAAUAGUAGAAAUAUCUCAGCAGUGAACAAAAAGAAUUGGCAUCUUCCUUUUCUACUUCAAUAAUUUUAUUGGUUCCAUAAAUAUUGGACAGUCUUUGUACUGAAAGUGCUUUAAAUGUUAGAAGAAAGAGCUUCUUACAUACUCAAAAUAACUCUUAGACAAAAUGGAUAAUAGCAUGUACAUAAGUGAGAUGAUGAGCUGCCGUGAUGAUGACGCUACAAGAACAUCUCCUUCAGAAGGACUGGAGGAAGGGGAAGUAGAAGGGGAGACUCUUCUCAUAGUGGAGUCUGAAGAUCAGGCAUCAGUGGAUUUGAGUCAUGAUCAGAGUGGGGAUUCUGUGAAUAGUGAUGAAGGAGAUGCAUCCUGGACUGAGGAUAUGUCCUAUUUCUGUGAAAGAUGCCAGAAAUGGAUAGCAGCAAGUCAGAUAAAAGAACAGGUCACUCAUCUCAAGGGUGAUAACUUCUUCAGGUUCACUUGCUCUGAUUGCUCAGAAGAUGGGAAAGAACAGUUUGAACGACUAAGGCUAACAUGGCAGCAAGUUGUUAUGCUAGCAAUGUACAAUCUCUCCCUGGAAGGAACUGGCCGCCAAGGUUAUUUCAGGUGGAAAGAAGAUAUUUGUGCUUUCAUUGAAAGACACUGGAAUUUUCUACUGGGAAAUCGGAAGAAGACGUCGACUUGGUGGAGCACUGUUGCUGGUUGCCUUUCUGUGGGGAGCCCUCUAUAUUUUCGUUCAGGGGCCCAGGAAUUUGGAGAACCAGGAUGGUGGAAACUUGUUCACAACAGGCCUCCUACCAUGAAACCUGAAGGAGAGAAGCUUUCUGCAUCUGCCCUGAAAGCGAAAGGUUCAAAACCAUCAUUAGAUCCAAUCAUUACAGUGGAGGGACUUAGAAAGCGAGUGAGCCGGAACCCAGUAGAAUCCGCCAUUGAGCUGAAGGAGAAGAGGUCUCGUACGCAGGAAGCCAAGGACAUCCGGAGAGCUCAGAAGGAGGCAGCUGGCUUCUUGGACAGGAGCACCUCCUCCACACCCGUCAAAUUCAUCAGUCGAAGCCGGCGCCCUGAUAUCGUACUGGAGAAAGGGGAGGUGGUUGACUUUUCAUCGUUGAGCUCAUCUGAUCGAACGCCUUUGACAAGCCCGUCUCCAUCUCCUUCUCCGGAUUUCUCUGCUCCUGGGACACCAGCUUCACAUUCAGCCACACCCAGCCUUCUCUCAGAAGCAGAUCUCAUUCCAGAUAUAAUGCCACCCCAGGCCUUGUUUCAUGAUGAUGAAGAGAUGGAAGGGGAUGGUGUUAUAGACCCAGGAAUGGAGUAUAUUCCGCCACCUAGUGCAUCAGUGGGAAUGCUCAGAAAGAAAGCAAAGAUGCCUGAGCAGAUAAAGCAAGAGUUGGAAAGUGAGGAAGAAAAAGGAGAGAGGAUGGAGCGGGAUUCUGAGAAUAAUGUCCAUAGAACCUGUCAUGACAAGCGGAAGACUCACCCGAACCAUAAGGACCCUAAGGUCAAUGUGCCCAAAUAUGCACCUGUCAGUAUCUAUGAAGAAAAGCUGCUUCUGAAAAACCUGGAGGCCUGUCCGAAUGCCACAGCCAUGACCCCAGAGGCUCGGAGGCUGAGGCGUAAGUUGUUAGUUCGACAGGCGAAGCGAGAGCGAGGUCUGCCCCUCUUUGACUUGGACAAUAUUGUGAAUGCAGCUCUGCUCCUGAUUGAUAGGAUUUAUGGAACCAAGGAUGGAAGUGCCGCUUGUCUCCCAGUAGGCUACACAACAUACAAAACUACUAGCCAGGACUUCCGAAUCUUGGAUCGGUAUCAGACUAAACCAUCUGCUGUGAAGGGAUUUCAGCAAACAGCAACAAAAUUUCUCUACCGACUUGUGGGCUCAGAAGACGCUUUGACUGACCACAGCAUCAUCAGUCCUUACACAUCACGUGUCUUGAAGCCUUAUAUCAGGCGUGAUUAUGAGACCAAGCCUCCCAAACUGCGACUGCUGAGUGAGAUUCGAGCCCAUGUGCACAAGAAUGAUCCUAACUGGAUCGCUGAGCCAGAGGCACCCAUUGAUUAUUGCUAUGUGCGGCCUAAUCACAUCCCCACUAUUAACUCCAUGUGCCAUGAGUUCUUUUGGCCAGGAAUUGACCUUUCGGAAUGCCUACAGUAUCCAGACUUCAGUGUUGUUGUCCUUUAUAAAAAAGUCAUAAUUGCUUUUGGUUUCAUGGUGCCAGAUGUUAAAUACAAUGAAGCAUACAUCUCUUUUCUAUUUGUUCAUCCUGAAUGGAGACGAUCAGGGAUUGCAACUUUCAUGAUUUACCAUCUUAUUCAGACCUGCAUGGGCAAAGAUGCAACCCUUCAUGUCUCUGCAAGUAAUUCGGCAAUGUUGCUGUACCAAAAGUUUGGAUUUAAAACUGAAGAGUACAUCUUAGAUUUCUAUGACAAAUACUACCCCUUGGAUAGUAAGGAGUGCAAGCAUGCAUUCUUUCUCAGAUUGCGGCGAUAAUAUUUAGAUUUUCUUGGCGGAUCACAGAAAACAAGUCACAUGACGAAAAUUCAACUCUCUACUUGCUGUUGUAGAGAGCAGUGGUGCCCUGUUGGCAUAUUGGUAAUAAAUUGGAUAUUUGCUAUUUUUCUGA